CAUGCUCCGUGUAACUACGCGGUUUAAGCAGACAGGAGGCUAUUUUUGACUCCUAGUUUCACUUAGAAUUGUUUAGAAAGUACCGAACAACUGUAACAGUACUCGGUCCGUAUAAACGAGGAGGUCUGCACGCGAGCACGCGGUUUAUUUCUAUGCUUGCACCGCGGCACCCGUUGGGAACCAAUCGUAGACAUUUCCUGAGUCUCUACUUCUACGCCUACUGAUAUCUUCGGUCUGUAAAACCUGGAACUGUGAACAGUGCUUUUAAAUGUUGUGUAACUGCCUUUGGGAAUCAACUUUAUAGUACUAAUCAUCCGUGUUGCCUUCUAAAAGUUGUUUCCGAAGAAGAAAAGAACCGGAUAUGAGUUUCUUAUUUGGAAGCCGUUCAUCAAAGACAUUCAAGCCCAAGAAGAACAUCCCAGAAGGCUCUCAUCAGUACGAGCUGCUGAAGCAUGCAGAGGCCACGUUAGGAAGCGGAAACCUCCGAGCUGCCGUGAUGCUGCCCGAGGGAGAAGACCUCAACGAAUGGAUCGCUGUCAAUUCUGUGGACUUUUUCAACCAGAUCAACAUGCUGUACGGCACGAUCACAGAGUUCUGCACAGAAACCAGCUGCUCUGUCAUGUCUGCAGGGCCCAGAUAUGAAUAUCACUGGGCAGACGGCACCAACAUCAAAAAACCGGUCAAGUGUUCAGCUCCCAAGUACAUUGAUUACCUGAUGACCUGGGUCCAGGAUCAGCUGGACGAUGAGACGCUCUUCCCGUCUAAGAUCGGUGUUCCUUUCCCGAAGAACUUCAUGUCAGUGGCGAAGACUAUCCUAAAGCGUCUGUUUAGGGUUUAUGCUCAUAUUUAUCAUCAACAUUUUGACUCGGUCAUACAUCUUCAGGAGGAAGCUCAUCUGAACACCUCCUUCAAGCAUUUUAUCUUCUUUGUACAGGAGUUCAAUCUGAUUGAUCGCAGAGAGCUGGCGCCCCUGCAGGACCUCAUCGAGAAGCUAGGCAGCAAAGAUAGAUAGAGACUGAUAUGAACACCGUAUUGGUCAGCCUUAAUGCAUUUUGUCGAGAGCCUUUCUGUGUUCCUGUCUGAAUGUGCUGUUUGUGCACACUGAUUGUCUUUCAUCAUCUCAGCUCGUAGAAGUCUUGAUUUUCUCUCAUGUUUCUUCUGUUGUCAGUAUUACACUGUAGCCUUUAUUUCACCCCUUUGUGACGGAUUGGGAUAGAAAGCAAAUAUCAGAGUGUUUAUGGAAGUUAAAAUAAAACCAGCAGUUUUAAUCAGUGCUUUUAAAACGGAAUAAGAUGUGUUUGGGGAAGGGAUCAAUGUUACUUUUACUUUAUUGUUGUUGUUUUGUACAAGUUUGAAGGCAAAUGUUAUUUGUGAUUUUUUUUUUCUUUUCUUUUUUUCUGUGUGAUUGCAUAUUCAUCAGUGAAAAUUAUUGUUACGAGGCGUUUGUCAGUUGUAGGUAAACCCCAAGAGCUUUAUAUUCAGACUUUUAAGCAGUAUUUCAUGCCUUAUCAAAACAUCUGGUUCAUUUUACUUUUCCUUUUUUAUUUCUAGUCACAAUAAUGACUUUUCUAGCAUGUACACAAUCAUUUUCGUAAGCAUUUCGUCUUGUUAAUAUUUAGUUUAUAGCCAAUCAAUGUUUUUAAGUUGAUGAUUUAUAAAGGGAAAAGGUGGAACUUUUAUUUUGAAAUUUAAACAUUCCUCACCCGGAAGCUCGUUUUUUUUU